CACCACACACCACACAGCAGCGAGGAACAGUGAUGAAAAGCUCCGGUGUGAACAGAGCACCGACCGGGGACAGCAGCAGCAGCAGCGGGGCGGCGCGCAGAGACGAGCCGAGCAGCGGAGCACAGUCGGAGCUGCUCAUGUACCUCACCUGUCUCCCGGAGAGAUACCGGACCGCCAAGUUCACCCUCGCUGCUCACCUGCUCUGCUGGGCUCUGCUCCGAUGGUACCAGAAACUCAGAUGCCAGUCUGCUCCUCAUCAGCCUCAGCCAGCCCUUGAAGAGUCCUCCCCCACUGAAGAAUUAUGUUUAGCGGAGGGCGAUCUGUGUCCUGGCUCACUGGAGUGGUGUGAGAGUGGCGUCGGAGAGGCUGACACAUCUGAUGAGUAUUUUGACUUCCGCUCUUGCCACAGUGACACCCUUUCAGACUUAAGUCCUGAUGAGGAGGACUCUUUGGAUGCCCUGCUGGGACUAGAGGAUGCCUAUGUUGGUCGGCUAACAUCGGGCAGCGGCUUCCAAACUAGCCAGAGUAAAACCAGGCGGAGAGAGUCAGUGACAGCUAAGGACUCUUACAGAGAUGCAACAGAGACGUAUGCUGAAAAGUUCACAUGUAGCAGGAGGAAAAGCCCAGAGAACCAUGUGGACCCUAAUGUUCCCUUGAAGCACAGUACCAGAGACCUUUGCUCAAUUGAGAUCAGAUCGCAUCAAAGAACAGAGGACCUAAACUUUGACUUGAACCAAAAACAUCCCUAUUUACAUGCUGUUGGCACCGAAAGUCAAGUCAAGGAAACCUGGGAGCCAAGCAGCUUACAUGCACAAAGCCAACACAACACUGACACCUUUGACACAAAGGUAAAUAGUACACAAGACACUCCGGAAGUGAAGUCACCUGCACUGCCUAAAGUAAGCAAUUCCAUCAGACAUAAUAAAUGGACAGACUCUGAAACAUGUUUGAUUCAAAUAGAUUCCACAGACAAUAAGAUUGUGAAGACACGACAACAGCAAAGAAGACCUGUGAAAAAUGUACAGACAGAACAGACUGAUAAAAAGACUGUAGGGGACACAGGGGAAGAAAUAUAUGAAAUCUGUAAUAAUGAGCCAUUGAGAACUUCCUCUUUGGAGAACACAGGUUUAGACAGAUGCGCCAAUGACUGUAAAGAUAAACACCACAGAAGAAGAAAUGUAGAACCCCAGGGUACAAUCAAAGAUGGUAGCGAGAAAGAUGCCAGAAAAGUGCACAGAAACCACAGCCUCUGUUCCAUCAAACACCUGUGCUUCUGA